AUGACCCCCACCUUCACCGGAAAGGUCGGCCUCCCCGUCGCGUCGGACGAACCCCUCACUGGCAAGGAAACUAGCAACGACUCGGAGAAAUGUGAGCUUAGGAUAGAGGGCAUGACGUGUGGUGCGUGUGUGGAGUCUAUCGAGGGGAUGCUGCGACCGCAAGAGGGUAUUCAUUCAAUUAAAGUGGCUCUGCUGGCAGAGCGCGGCGUCGUCGAGUAUGACCCUGCGCUAUGGAAUCCUGACCGGCUAAUGGAAGAAAUUGGGGACAUCGGUUUCGAUGCGUCGCUCAUCCCACCUGCCCGUGCUGACGAGGUCACUCUGCGGAUAUACGGCAUGACAUGCUCGUCGUGCACCUCUACCGUUGAGUCGCAGUUAAGCGCUCUGCCCGGUAUCAACAGCGUUGCCGUUUCGCUUGUCACCGAGACGGCACAGAUCUCAUUCGACCAAAGCCUCAUUGGCCCUCGUGAGAUGGUCGAGCGUAUUGAGGAGCUCGGAUUCGAUGCUAUGGUCUCCGACGAGCAGAACGCUACCCAACUCAAGUCACUCUCCCGGACGAAGGAAAUCCAAGAGUGGCGGUGGCGCUUCCAAUGGAGUGUCGCUUUUGCCGUUCCCGUGUUCUUCAUCAGCAUGAUAUUCCCCAAGAUCCCUGGACUCGACUCAAUCGUGCAUUAUCACCUCAUGCAAGGAAUCUGUGUCGGUUACCUCCUCGUUUUCGCCCUCACGACCCCCGCGCAGUUCUGGAUCGGCAAGAAAUUCUAUAUCAAUGCGUGGAAGGCCCUGAAGCACCGUUCGGCGACGAUGGACGUGCUGGUGAUGUUGGGAACCUCGGCAGCAUACUUCUACUCCGUCUUCGCCAUGGUCUUCGCCAUGUGGAGCCCCGAACCCGAUUUCGUCCCUCUCGUAUUCUUCGACACCAGCACCAUGCUCAUCAUGUUCGUCUGCCUCGGUCGAUACCUCGAGAAUCAAGCAAAGGGAAAGACUUCCGCCGCUCUCACCGACCUUAUGGCCCUCGCACCUUCCAUGGCCACGAUUUACACCGACGCACCCGCCUGCACCCAGGAGAAGAAGAUCGCGACCGAGCUCGUUCAGGUCGGAGACACCGUCAAGCUCGUACCAGGAGACAAAGUCCCUGCCGAUGGUACCGUCAUCAAAGGGUCCUCCAGCAUCGACGAAUCCGCCGUCACAGGCGAACCUGUCCCCGUCCUCAAACAGAAGGGCGACACCGUCAUCGGCGGAACGGUCAACGGACUCGGAACAUUCGACAUGAUCGUCACUCGUGCCGGGAAAGACACCGCGCUCGCACAGAUCGUCAAACUGGUCGAGGACGCGCAGACGUCGAAAGCCCCCAUCCAAGCCUUCGCGGACAGAGUCGCGGGGUACUUCGUCCCUGUGGUCAUCUCGCUCGCCGCCAUCACUUUCGUCGGCUGGUUCAUCCUGUCGCACGUCAUUGGUGAUAGCUCGUUGCCGGAGAUGUUCCAUGCGCACGGGGCAAGCAAGUUGUCCGUUUGCUUGCAGCUGUGCAUUUCCGUCGUCGUCGUGGCGUGUCCGUGUGCGCUUGGGCUCAGUACCCCGACUGCGAUUAUGGUGGGUACUGGUAUGGGCGCGAAGAAUGGGAUCUUGAUCAAGGGCGGACGUGCGCUUGAAGCGAGUAGGCUUAUCAAGCGGAUUGUGCUGGAUAAGACUGGAACAGUUACCGAGGGGAAGCUUACCGUCUCUGCUGUGGCGUGGGCGCCAUCGCAUGAGCAUGGCGAGGCCCUUGUCCAGGAAGCAUCCAUGGUGGAUGCCGCAUCCCUGAUGGGCAAAGGCGCGGAUGGGCUUACGCUUCGUUCGGCGAUUAUUUCGAUGGUCGCGGCGACGGAGGCAAGGUCUGAACAUCCUUUGGCUAAGGCGGUCGCGCUUUGGGGUAAGGAACUCACCGCGAGCGAGCCCGAGGCUGUCGUCGAUACCUUCGAGAGCGUUACCGGACAGGGCGUCACCGCUACGCUCUCCUUCAUCGGUAACCCCGCUAAAUACACCAUCUACAUCGGCAAUGCCCGUUUCGUCACCCAGUCCAAAUCUACCGAGUCGGCGUACCUGCCCUCCGCCAUCACCUCCUUCGAAUACAACGAAACCAUCCAAGGACGCACCAUGAUUUACGUCUCGCUCGCUUCGUCGACGAACACGCCUUUGCCGGUAUUGGCGAUUUCGUUGGCGGAUGCGCCGAAGAAGAGUUCGAGGCAGGCGAUCAGGGUGUUGCAGAAGAUGGGGGUCGAGGUUUGUAUGAUGACGGGAGAUGGGAAGCAGACGGCCCUGGCGAUCGCGGAGCAGGUGGGGAUUCCGAAGGAGAAUGUUUGGGCUGGGAUGAGUCCGAAGGGGAAGGCGAGCGUCGUGACGGAGCUUAUGGAGAAGCAUGGCGAGGGUGUCGCUAUGGUCGGCGACGGCAUCAACGACUCUCCGGCUCUCGUCGCCGCUACAGUCGGCAUCGCCCUCUCCUCCGGCACCUCCGUCGCCAUCGAAGCCGCCGACAUCGUCCUCAUGCGUUCCGACCUCCUCGACGUCGUUGCCGCACUCGACCUCUCCAAAUCCAUCUUCGCCACUAUCCGCAGAAACCUCAUCUGGGCCUGCAUCUACAACGUCCUCGGCAUCCCACUCGCCAUGGGCUUCUUCCUCCCCGUCGGGAUCCAUCUCCAUCCGAUGAUGGCUGGCGGAAUGAUGGCGUUCAGUUCGGUUAGUGUGGUGACGAGCUCGUUGGCGUUGAAGUGGUGGGUUAGGCCGAAGGAGAGUGUGUAUGUUGGAGACGAGGGUGAGAGCGAUGGGUUCAGGGCACACUCGGAAACGAUGUGGUCGAGGGUGGGCAGUGUGGUGGAGGGCGUUUGGGAAGGAUUUAAGGGUGUCGUGCCUGGGAGGGGAUCGGCGGCAUCUCGUGCGCAGGCGGGGUACGAGCAGUUGCCUGUGGAGAUGGCAUGA